AAACGCGAUAAAUUUUUAGAGUUGAAUAGCGGUACGCGGCCCUACACACGCAGCGCAGUUGUCAUUUAUCGCAUUCAUCGACGACGUGAGCUCACAGCCCGCGAAAGCCGUGCGUGCAUCGCCGGCACGACAACACACCAAAUGGCCAAGCCCAAAACUAGACCAACGCGGCGCGAGCCGACCUACGCCGCCGUCGCGAAGCCCGUUGCCGUAGAAGCGCCGCCGCCCGCGCCAAGUGCACCGGCGCCGCCGCCGGCCGCCGUGGAUGUGCGCGGCCGCAACGUCUCCGGCCGGCCCUGGAAGCAGCCGCCGAAGAGCCGAAGCUCAUCGCUAAAAAUGACGCAGCCGCGCAAGUCCUGGGACGCGAAGAAGCGGGACCGCGAGGCGCGGCAGCGGGCGCGCGAGAAGGAGGCGGAGUUGGUCGAAGCGCGGAAAGAACGGAUCGCCGAGCAGAAGCGCAAGACCGAAGAAAAAAGGAGUCGGAAAAGGAGGAAUGAAUUCCGGAACGCCCAGUACCAGGUCAUCACGAACGACAAGACCGUCAAAUCUUUAUCGAAGAAAAAAUUGCGGCAAAUCAAGCGGACGCGCGUCGCGGCCGACGGCGAGGUGGAGCUGGUCGACGCCUACGCGCCCAUGCACGGUCCUCGGGCGAAGCGCGUGCGGGGGGGGAAGUGAGUUUUCUUCGCGCGGACGCGGCCGUCGCGGCGACGGCGUCACAUCGUGGGGGCGGCGGUGCAAGUAAUGACCUGUGUAAUCGUGCUCCCGUGUUGUCGCAGUUCAGGGUUCGCCGGCCGUGCAGCCAGCUUGAGCCAUGCCCAACUUUUGCUUCUGGCAAGCCAAAGCUCGCUCUCGCACAGGAACA